AUGAGGAAUAUUUUCUCUUCAUCCACUUCACACUCCUCACACUCCUCAUCGUGGUUCAUGAUUCUCAAAGAUUUGAUUCGUUUUGUGUGGUCCAUUCUCUCUCAAUUCAUCCCAUCCUUUUGGAAAAGAGGUCGUCGAGUCUCUAACACAACAACAAUAACAACCACCACCACUGAUUUUCACAACACGUCAAAUACUAAUAGUACCACUAGUAGUAGUUUAACCACUAAACAACAACAACAACACUCUCAAUUGGAAAUUAAUUCCUAUUUAUUUAGUAAUGAUCAUCAUCCUGACAUAAUCUCAUCUCCUUCAUUAUUCAAUACUCAACCAAAUGUGGUUCCCUUGUUCUCCAAUCAUCAUCAGAAUCACACGACAAGUGUUGUUGGUGAUGAUCCACAUCAACUACUCACCACAUUCCUCAUCCCGAUGAGCAACAAUGUGGAAUUUCACAAGUGUGAUGCAAGUUCUUCAUAUUUACUACCAUCCUCUUUAUCACCUUCAUCAUCAUCGAAAUAUCAAGCCAUGAGAAUUAAGAAACAUUUCACAGCAAGUACCAAUUUAUUAAUUCGUGAAUUGAAUACUCCACAUUUUGUGGGUAGUUUUGCCAAUUCCACCGAAUUGAAAGCCAUUCGUAAAUCACCUCUUUCCUUUCUACCUUUUCAAUUCCUCUCACAACUCUUUUCUCGAAAUGAAUACAUGUUAGUGAAAUCAGCUAUUUUGGUAUUCAUUACGGCUAGUUUGGAUCAACAACAGCAGCAUGAUCAUAAUAACAUGAACAACACUAGUAUUGGAAGUAGUAGUAUUAGUGGUGGUCAUGGUAGUGGUGGUUAA